GCUUUUAGGCGGUGAGGCGCGAAGGAGGGGGAGAGGUGUUGCGCUUUGCCCGCCAGCUUUCUAAAUCUGCAGACUCCGUACUGAAUGGUACUGAAUCCCUCUCUCUUUUAAGGAGGCGCUGGAAUCGGUUCUCUGGCAUCAAGGGGAGUUCGCGGGUCUUUUGGCCGCUCGCGGCCUCUGUAGCGUCCCUGGUUACCGCGCCCCUAGUCACCACCCGCCCCAAGCUCGGAGCCGCCUGUAGCGGAGGUCGCGCCAGCAUCCCGGCCCCGGGCCGGCGCCGGCGCUCAGGCCUCCGCGGGCAAGGCGAUGGCCGCUUCGGAUCAAGCGGCAGAACUAGCGACCUCCAGCCUCCACCUCCUAGAAAAUCCUAACACCGAAGUACAGGACGCCCAGUACAAACACGAAGACCCCGAAACCGUCCUGUCGGCCGCUGUGGAGGACUUAGAGAAGGAGGAAAAGGAAGAAGGGAAAGAGAAAACCGAGCUGUCGGCGCGGGCGCCGGAUGAUUUUAACACCUCCUUUUCUGAGGCAGCUGAAACAAGUAUAAGCCAUGAGAACUUUUUGGACUUUUCUGCUAUUUACCAGUCUAAUGAGGAAUAUUUCAGGAAACUAGAAAAGCUAAAAGCUGCCCACAUGGAAACUAUGGCAAAAUUAGAGAAAAUGUGCCAAAAUAAAUUAAAUUUUAAUCCAAGUCAGCCAGUGUUCAUCAGGGAAGAAACACCUAGUGAUUCUUGUUGGUCUUUAUCAGAAAAGAAUGAUGACCCUGUCUCAUUAAUGCCAUCAUUUUUAGAACCUGAUUUAGGUCUGUCUUUCUCUUUGAUUACAUCAUCCUCUGAAGAUGAGUUGUCCAAUUUAGAAAAAGAGUAUCCCAAGAAAAACAGAUUGGUGAAUUUUGCUAAGGAGCUCAUCAACAGCAUGUGGGUAAAUUUUUCUGUGGAAGAUUAUAUUCAGAGGGAUGAUACUGACUUCCCAGAAGUUAGAAAAACAAAGAAGAAACCGAGUGAGUGGAUACCAAAGAUUACAGUACCUGAGCCUUUUCAAAUGACAGUUAGGGAACAGAAGAAAAAGGAAGAGAACAUGAAAUCUAAAUCAGAUGUUGAAAUGGAAAACAAAGAGCUCAAGAAUCAAGAAGAAGACUUAGAGUGUAAGAAGAAAUUCCGAGCCAAUCCAGUUCCUGCGUUCGUUUUUACCCCUCUCUAUGAUAAUAUAGUCAAGGAAAGUGAAGAACAGAGAAAAUUUAGGAAGGAGAAAAACAAAGAAGCUCUUUUGGCCUCUCUAAAGCCAUUUAAGUUUAUCGCAAGGGAAGAACAGAAGAAAGCAAUCAGAGCAAAGCAACUGAGAGACCUUUUUAAGUCUAAAAAGAAAACAAAGAGCUUUAAAGCCAAACCUAUACCUCUAUCUACUUAUGAGUCACCUAAUGACAAGUUAAAAGAAGAAGAAUUCUGUAAAAACAUGAAGACACAGCUGAAAAUCCAAGAGUUUUUAAAAAAUUCAUCCCCUCAGUCUGGUAGUCCAACUCGCAAAAGUUUUAAUACAAGGAAAUCCAAAUAUCCGGAACAGGUUGAAAAGUUGAAAAAUAAGUACAAGGCUAAGUAUCAGACUGCUGAUUUUGAAGAUCUUCCUGAGCAAAAACACCUUCCUGAUCAGAAGUAUUCAAAAUUCCUAACAGAAAGUAAACCAUUUGCUCUUGAUACAGUUACACAUGCAUCCACUAAAAGAGGAAAGACAUUGUUAGACAUCGAUGCAGAUGAGGAAAAAGUAAAAGAAACAAAUGAAACACAUGAAUCUAAUCGGUCUCCAAGGCAUAAGUCACCAGUAAGAAGUACAAGUUAUAGCAAUAACCCCCCAAUGCCUACAGUGUCUUCCAGAGGAAGAGAACAAGCCACAAGGAGAUCACUUGAGGAAAAGAAAAUGUUGGAAGAAGAACGAAAUCGGAUCCUAACUAAACAGAAGCAAAGAAUGAAAGAAUUGCAGAAACUUCUGAUAAACCGAGCUAUGGCUUAUGACACACAUCAAAGUUUAGCUCAAAUGUCUAAAUCAAGAGUAAAGUCUCUCAGGACAGAGAGAAAUGGAGAGUUCCAGAAGGGAGGACAGAGAGGGAGAGAAAGACACCUGCAGACCUGCUUCAACACCUGUGAAGCAAUCCUUCCCUGCAGAAAGCGUGAAAAGGAAAGGAUGAAAGAAUACUGGCAAGAACUACAAGAAAGAGAAGAAAAAUUAAAACACAGACCACUACUAUUUGAAAGAGUUUCUCAGAAAAAUGCAAGAAUGGCAGCAGAAAAGCAUUAUUCUAAUACCUUAAAAGCUCUAGGAAUAUCUGAUGAGUUUGUUUCAAAGAAAGGCCAAAAUGGAAAAAUAUUUGAGUCAUUCAACAAUCAAGAGAUGAAGAGUUUCACUGAAGAUAAAGAAAGCUCUAAUGAAGAAGAAAUAAUAGAAGGAGAGAAUGAGGAAGAAAAUUAUUUUAUUGACUCCAACAGCCAAGAAUCUUGCAAAGAAAAAGAUGAAGCUGAUGAAGAAAGUGGAGAAGGGGAGUCAGUCUGUUGAAAAAUAAAAUGUAAUCAGAAGUA